AUGGUACGAGGCUGGCAGAUUGCGCCGUGGCUCGCGGCGGUAUUGUCGUGGUGCUUGGUCAACGCGCUGCCACAGCGUUCUACUACCAAGGACGUAGAACUCAGGCUGGUUACACGUCAAGCGUCGCAAUUGACUCCUUCUGACCCUUCCCCCGCCAGCAUCUUGCGAACACAGCUCACCAAUCCGGUCGGAAUAUUGGCAGUCCUUCUGAUCAUCGGCGGCGAUGUCAUCCAACAAGCUUGCGCCCAACUGGUAUCAGGCCUCAGAUUUCCGUACGGCAGCAAAAAUACUUCCCAGGAACGACACUACUUCUCGUUUACUCCAGUGGCGUUCAGCUUCGGUUGGGUAGCGUACGCCUUUAAAGCUCUGUCCGGGGCUUUCGGCGAUGGGCAUCUGAUGCCUCAAACUGACGUGCCCGGCCUGGUAUUGACUGUGGGAGGUCAAUGGAAAAACAACGAGUCGUGGAUCAUCGGCCGCCUGCUCCGGGACUUGGAGCUUGAAAAUCCUCGCAAAGACAAAGGCGGGUUGAAGAUCGACUUCUACAGAUCUUGUAGAGGAGCAGGAGAACCCAACCGCGAUCGUGUAUGGUGGUUCUUCCUUUUCGCUUUCGGAGCGCAAUUCGCAGUUGCCAGUGUCCCAGUUAUUAUCCACCCUGGACGGCGCAACUGGACCAUUCUACUGAUUACUGGAAUCGGCACGGGUCUGGCACUUGUUGCCGGCUGCAUGCCGCAGUGGGGGGAAGAAAAAUAUACCGGUCGACGAGUGACCAAACCUACGACGUACGUGCUCACACGCGGCAAUGGACACUCGCACGUUUUUGUCAUCAUGGUAGACAAGGAUCACAAUUUCAAGAAUUUGGAUGACCUGGCGACGACGAGACCCAUCGACAACACCCUGACCAAACUCAUGAGCAUCAUUCUCGCCGUCUUCUGGCUAUUUCUCCUUACUCUCGUCGGCGGGUUGGAGGAAGACGGUUGGUUCCUGCUUCUCGUGGGACUCAUCGGAAUGGUCUCCAAUGUCGUUGUGGCAAACCGGCCAAGAUCACCAGCUUCACACGGACUCCCCAUCGAGCGUGAUACGCAGUUGGAGGUUGUUGAAAAGAAAAGGGUUUUCAAGGCCCUUUACACAGUCGAAUUCAAGCGUGAUCCCGCGCCCCAGGGGAUAGGAAAUGCUCUUCAACCAAUUUUCCUCCCCGCGGGAUUUCUGAACGACCAAAAGGUUGUUUGGGAACGGAAGACCAAGAAGCGGCAGAAAAAAGCCGCUCAAGAAAAAAGUGACGGCAAGGGGAUUGGCACAUCACGAAGCAUUGCACCUGGGGAUGAGCGACGUGAACGCAAACAACAACGUAGCAGCGACCACAACAGUGAUAAGUCCAGAGGGUCGUCGGGCAGUAGCAGCGGUGGAAACGGCGGUGGUUUUGGUGGAAUUGGGCGUCCUCAACCUAACAGCUUCAAGCGGAAUGGUAAACGCACCCCGAGCCCUCUGACCCAACCAGCUAAAAUAGGAGAAACGACAACGGUCGGGAGUAGUGUCCAAAUCUCUAGCCAGUCUAGUUCCCGACGUCGCGUCAAAUCAGUAGUAGCUCGCAGAAUCAUCCAGCCGCCAGAUGCUGGGGAUUUGGCGCGAAGCGGAUCAACAAGGAUCGGAAAGACAGAGCGCACUUUCCAUAGCGCCUCUCAGGGGUCUCAAACUGAUCACCUCACCAGUAAGCAACGUGCGAUCCUGGAAAGCAAAAUCAUACGUGAUUCAGCCAACGGAUCCGUCUACUUCAAGCUCAAGAAGCCGGCGUCAACAUCCGUCGGGAAGGCCUUCGAGAUGCUGUUUCCGCAUGGCGCUCUGAUAAUGCCGACGAAAGAUGAGGGUCUCCAAUGUGGCUUAUACGCGAUCAUUGAAUCUCUUCGGAGCAUGUAUGAGCAAGGAAUAGAGGAGGUGCCAGAGCCCCCCACAUUGAAGGCUUUGGAGGAAGUCGCCAACAAUAAUUACAUUCAGAAGCAUUUUGGCACGAUGCUUCUGGAUGGAGAGAAGCUCAACACGAACAACUGGUCCGCGGACCAAGUCGCCGCAAUUGCACUGUAUUGGGGGCUAUCUGCGCACGCUGUCUCACUACAAAUGGGCGUGAUUAUAGAAGGGGAACCGCCAUUUCUCGCAUCACCUCCUCCCGAUGUUGACGAGUUUGAAGCGACCUCCUUUAAGUCGGUAACUUUCUUCAUCCACAACAACGAGGGGACGCAUAGAGGAAGUCUAAAUCAUUAUUCAGGUCUGAAACCGCGGAUAGUCGAGCAAGUUCUGGAGGCCGAGAGCGACGAAGGAUCGAAGGAAACCGAUUAA